UAGUAUCUCAGAAAUUCACCAGUAUGCUGCGUUGUGUGUGAGGACUAUUUUGAAACUACUCUGUUACUAAUUUAGCCCUCGUAUUGGAGGGGGUGAGGGUGUGGGGAGUGACUGUAACAUGAUACUAAGAUAGCAGCAACCUUUGAGCCACAGUAAACAAGAUGUGUGAGGGAGCAGAGCUGCUGCUGCAGCUCAAACAGAGACUCUGUCGCUCCAUAGACGAAGCCGAAGCGAAGCUGCACAGCCUCAGUCAGGACAUCUGGAGCUGUCCGGAGCUGGCUUACCAGGAGAACAAGGCUCACCUCAGACUGGUGGAGUUUUUCAGUCAGGAGGAAGGCUGGAAGGUGGACCCUCACUACAAACUGCAGACUGCGUUUCGAGCGUGUUGUUCGGUCGGAGACAGCGAGCAGAAAGACGUGGUCAGUGUGGGCUUCCUGUGUGAGUACGACGCCCUGCCUGCUAUUGGACACGCAUGUGGACACAACCUGAUAGCUGAGGUUGGAGCUGCUGCGGCUCUGGGGCUCAAAGCGGUGCUGGAAAACACACACAAGCUGCCUGUCCGGGUGCAGGUGGUGGUUCUGGGGACUCCCGCUGAAGAGGAUGGUGGAGGUAAAAUCGACAUGUUAAGGGAGGGAGCAUUUGAAGGUCUGGAUGUGGUGUUCAUGGCCCAUCCGUCAAAAGAGGACGCCCCAUACCUGCCCUGUGUGGCUGUGCACGAUGUAACUAUAAAGUAUCACGGAAAGGCGUCUCAUGCCUCCGCCUACCCCUGGGAGGGAAUCAAUGCCUUGGAUGCAGCGGUGCUCUGCUACAACAACCUGUCUGCACUCAGACAGCAGAUGAAGCCAGACUGGAGAGUUCAUGGAAUCAUAAAGCACGGAGGAGUGAAACCAAACAUCAUCCCUGCCUACACGGAGCUGGAGUACUAUCUGAGAACCGCGUCAAGAGCUGAGCUUUCUGUCCUGAAGGAAAAAGCUGAGAGGUGUUUCAGAUCAGCUGCCGUGGCAACCGGCUGUGAGGUUGAAGUAGAGUUUGCAAGAAAUCAAUAUGACAACAUGCUCCGCAUUGCAACACUGGAGGAGCUGUAUGAGAUGAAUGGCAAAGCUCUGGGCAUGGACUUCACUACAGAUGAAGAUGUUCUCAAAAAUGAAUCUGGCUCUACAGACUUUGGCAAUGUGACAUUUGUAGCCCCUGGCAUCCAUCCAUACUUCUACAUUGGUUCUAAUGCUCUGAACCACACAGAGGAGUACACUGUCGCUGCUGGUGAUGAUAGAGCUCAGUUCUUCACUCUGAGGACAGCCAAGGCUCUGGCCAUGACGGCUCUGGAUGUGCUGCUGCGUCCAGAGCUGCUGCAGAAGGUGAAGCAGGAGUUCACUGAGGCAAAACUGAAGGAGGAGCAGAAUGCCAAGCAGCCUGCAAAACCAUCUUAAUGCAGGUGGAGGAGCUGCUGUCAUUCAGACUUAUGGAGACUCUCUGCAGUCAAGAACACUCUGCUGUGCAAAGAAAUGCUGACAGAUUUUAGGUGAUAUCUUUCUUUAUUCAUCACAAUGUCUCAGUUCAGUUGAUUCUGCUUUAUUUUCCAUCUGUGCACUAAAUGUUUCCAUCUCAGGGCAAUUCUUGAUUCCUAAAAAGUAUUUACCUCAGUCUGAAAACAAAAAGUAUUUCUAUUUUAUAUGCAAAUGCAUUUGAAGAGUAACAUUGUGAGCAAUUAAAAAGAAAAAAGAGAAGAAAAAUUCAAUUAGUUCUAUUUAUUUUCUAAAGAAACUGAAUAACUGAUUAACAAUGUUAGGGAGUAGUCUAGUGCAAUUCACAUGAUUUCUCCCUCGUAAACUUAUGUUUUAAUACAUUGGGGUCAUAAUUAAAUUGAUUAAUAAACUAUUUUUUUUCCUAUUAUUAUAAAUGAGAAAAAGAUAAAAUAGAAAUGAUCACAUGUCAUUGUGUUUGUCAUCUCUACAGUCUUUAGUGCACUAAAAGUUCAAAUCUGUUCUGGAAUAUUGAACUGAAGCUUGAUUUCACAACAGUUGUAUCGCAAAUAAAAUUGCAUUAUCUGUCAGAAAAAUUGCAAUUAGAUAUUUUCCUUAAAUUGUUCAGCUCUAGCACAAUAAGACACUUGUAGUCUUCCAUAUAUGUAACUUAACAGCUGCCAUGUAUAGUCCUGUAACAAUUAUUUAAUAGGCUAAAUUAAUAGGAAUAAGGGGCAUAAAAUUUAGACUUUACAAAAUAGUUGCUACACAGUUUAGCUAAAGGCCUUUAAUCUUUCAACUUUUUUUUUUUUUUUUGCUGUGUCUUUAGUUUCUGCUCUUUGCCUUUGUAGGGGAGUAUCAUGACAUUUGUGGUCCUACAUAUAAUAGUGGCGUAAACUAAAUGUCUCUUAGAUUGUUUAAAGGGUUGUCACAAUUAUUAAAAAAUUUAAAUUAAAAAAAUGAGGCAAUAAAUUAAGACUUUACAAAAUAUUUGCUAUUUGGCUGAUUUGUUACCUUUUUUAUAGCGACAGCCUUCUGACUUUGUAAGGGAUGUUUCGUGACACUAUUUGUCUUCCUAACCCUGUAACUUUAUAGCUACCAUAUAUAUAUAUGUGAUGUACACAGACCUAGUUCAAUAAAGUGUUUACUUAGUAAGAUUGAUAGUGGAGUAAACUAAAUAUCUUUUAUAUAGUUUAAAGGCAUAUCACAGUUAUUUAAAGAGAUAUAUUAAAAAAAUGAGGCAAUAAAUUAAAAUAUGCAAAAUAUUUAUUACAAAAUUUAGCUAAAACCCUUUAAACUUCCAGCCUUUGUCUUUGCUGUCUUGUAGCUACUGCUUUCUGACUUUGUAAGGGAGUGUUUCGUGACACUAUUGGUCCUCCAUACCCUGUAACUGUAUAGCUGUCAUCUGUAUGUUCUAUACAUGAGCUUUGUUCAAUAAAGUUUUUUACAAAAAAG